AUGUCUCCUGCUUCGCCGGCGCUCCUGCAGCAGCCCAAUCUUCCCUCAAACCCAGCAGGUUCUUCCACGUCAGUGGAUCUGACCACAUGGUUUCUCGAUGCUAAACGUUCUCUAUCGUCGAUAGGGCUUUGUGCUCGCGCAAAAACCUUGGUAAAUUCCGCAAGAGUUGCCUUGCAAGAAGCUACGGUCAUCUCCUCAAGAUGUGUCUUCUUGCGGAAUGCCCUGAAAGAUCAGUUGAAUGUUGCGAUCCAAAUAAACAGGAUGAUGCACAGCACUCGAGAUACUUCUAGAGCCGAGUUUGAGAAAAUGUUGACGGGUUUGGACAACGCCGACAACAGGCUCAAUCAAACUCUGGAGGUGCUCCGGAAUUCUAUAGUGGAUCCGGCCUUCAGCAUACCAAAUCCCGAAAACGAGGACCCCACCUCGAUGACAAAGGCUCGCACGUUGCACGAUUUUGUCGAUGAUGAGGGGAUUGAAAAUCUUAAGUCUAGAUUGCGACAUUCGAUUGACCAGGUGCAGGAGUCUCAUGACACUCUCUCCAUGUCACUUGCUGAAUUCGAUGCCGAUCUGACUGCCCUGGAUACAUCUCUUUCUAACCUUCCCGACCCUAGCAAUCAAGAGGAUGGCUUGGCUGAGCCGAUACAUCCGUAUCUCCAUUCUCUUGAAGAACAGGCCGAGGAAAUGGCGCAGCUGCUAGAGUCACUGACGCAGCAUUUUGAUCGGUGUUCACAGGCAUUGAGGGAUUCCGAAGCCGUAAAUACCCACAACCAGGAAAGCGGUAUGACUGAUGGUAUGUCCUUAGAAGAAAAGGCUGAAAUGUACAAAGUACUUGCAAGAGAUGCAAGGGAAGUCGAUGAUGUUGUCGCAGAGCUCAAGGAAAGACUUGAUACAAUGGAGAAUAUCUCAGCAUAUGUUGGAAAACAUAUUGAAAAAUUGCAUGAGUUGUCCAACAAGGCUCAUGAUAACUUCUCGCUGUUUGAAGAAUUUCAGGGUAACUUGGGAGGUUAUGUUGGUACGACUAGAGAAUUUGAAACACAGCAAGAUGGAUACUUUAGAGCUAUGGAGGAAAGACUUGAUGAGCUUUGGCAACUAGGUGAUUUUUACGAAGGGUUCAUGGGUGCAUACGACGCCAUGGUUAUCGAGGUGGGGAGGCGUAAAGGAGUGGCUGCAGGAAUGGAUAACAUAGUCAAAGACGCAAUGAAAAAGCUACAAGGACUUUAUGAGGCGGAUCUUGCGGAGCGGGAAGGUUUCAAAGAGGAACAAGGCGACCAUUUACCGAUGGAUAUAUGGCCUGGGAUAAUGGACCUGCCCAUUCGAUACUCUGUCGUGAAGGAUCCCCAAGGAGGCAGCGGCCUGCCGAAUAUCAGUAAGGAAGCACUUCAGAGAGCCUUGGGAAGACGAGCAGCACGAGAGGGUAUGUGA